ACUUUCCUCAUCUUCCCAAUGAUUCCCACCUUUUUAAAACAAAAAAAGAGAGUUUGAUUGGGUUUCUUCCUCCUCAGGCGGUGUUGUUUCAGCGGAUUUUAAGCGAUUUCAAGCAACACCCGUUUGAGAUUUAUAGUUAUACGAAACCCCUCUUUGAAGGAUUCUUUCAACCGAUUAUAUAAGUUGAUACCUACAUAAUUUCAUAAUCGGAAUUGGUGCGCGAUUAUACAUCGUUCAAAACCCUAAUCCCUCUUUCUAUCAUUGGGAAUUUAAUAAAUAAAUCAGAGGAAACACAGGAAAGAAUGGUGUCGGCAAAUAGGGAGAUGGUCGUGUAUUGCUUCGAUACCCUGGUGGCGCAUUACAAUGGCGAAGAAGUCCCUCCUCCUGCUUUCGAUGAGGGUCAACACCCAUUGUUUGUGACAUGGAAGAAAGUGGUGAAUGGUUAUGAACCUCGUUUACGUGGAUGCAUAGGGACUCUUGCACCUCGUGGCAUAGUAAAUGGUUUCAAGGAUUAUGCUUUAACAAGUGCUUUGAGGGAUCAUCGAUUCCCUCCCAUACAAGCUAAAGAGUUGCCAUUAUUGCAAUGUACAGUUUCAAUUCUUGCUAAUUAUGAAAAUGCUGCUAAUUAUCUCGAUUGGGAGGUAGGAAAACAUGGUAUAAUUAUCGAGUUUACUGAUCCAGAUUAUAACACAAAGCGAAGUGCCACAUACCUACCUGAAGUGGCAGCUCAAGAAGGUUGGACAAUAAUUGAAGCAAUUGAUUCUUUGAUGAAGAAAGCUGGUUACAAUGGUGCGAUUAAUGACUCAGUGAGGAAUCGUAUUCGACUGACUCGUUAUCAGAGCACGUUGUUCACUAUGCACUACAGUGAUUAUGUUAACUAUGUGAAAACGACAAGGGGUGUUGCACCCUCUGUUGUGGGCCUUAAAGCCCAUUAAGCUCUUCAUCACUUUAAAGUUUAAACUCAAUUGGUUUCCAUAAUAAACUUAUUUUGGUCCUUAGAACAAAAAGUAUGUAUUUAUUUGUGUCCUUCAAGUUAAUGUAAUGAUGUUACUUAUUUAUGUGAA